AAGUAAACAAAGUCGUAAACAACAUUAUGGUUUCUCGUACCAACGUCAUUUUUCUCUUUUAUUUAUUUAUUAUAUAGCCGCACUUCGAGAAAGACAAUGGAAUACACCAUCAAUACCUAGUUCCAAAGAAAGUUUUACAAAUUAAAAAAGGAUGUUAUAGAAAGAUUACUUGAGUGAAGAAGAACUCAAUCACUCUGAGUUGUUGUUCAUAAAGAAGACUGCGUUUGUGAUAUUUUCUCCUACCAUGUCUGGCUUUCUUUGAACUUUCACUCGCAGCUUCUUAUUCUUGUGAUCUAAGUUCCUCUACUCUCAUUCCAAGCGUGGGUGUAUAUCAAGGAUCCGGAUUCCUUGUGGUCGGAGGAAGCACGCAUGCACGCAGUUAGACGAUUAGAACUGUCAUAAAGAUUCAACAGUUGAUGAAUUAUUUUAGUAAAUUCAACUUAAAAAACACAUUUAAAAUACUAACUGUCUGAUCAAAUUAGACAGUCCACAUUCACGAUUGUGUGAAUGCGUGAGUGCAGGUGGAGUGAUAUAAAAUGGAGGAGAGACCAGAAACAGAACUGAUAUCUAUACCGGCGACACCAAGGGUGUCAACCCCGGAGAUACUGACACCAGGGCAGAGGUCACCAAGAGCAGCAUCAAAGGAAGGAAAAUCAUGGACCCCAACUUCUUUUAUAUCACCAAGGUUUCUGAGUCCAAUAGGGACGCCAAUGAAGAGAGUGCUUGUAAACAUGAAGGGUUACUUGGAGGAAGUGGGACACCUUACCAAACUCAACCCUCAAGAUGCUUGGCUUCCCAUCACCGAGUCUCGCAAUGGAAAUGCUCACUAUGCUGCAUUUCACAACCUCAAUGCUGGUGUUGGCUUUCAGGCCCUCGUUUUGCCCGUUGCUUUUGCUUAUCUUGGCUGGAGUUGGGGAAUUCUUUCCUUAACCAUAGCAUAUUGUUGGCAACUUUACACGUUAUGGAUUCUGGUUCAGCUUCACGAAGCAGUUCCAGGUAAAAGAUACAACAGAUAUGUGGAGCUAGCACAAGCAGCAUUUGGGGAAAGAUUAGGAGUCUGGCUUGCUCUCUUCCCAACUGUUUAUUUGUCAGCAGGAACUGCAACAGCUUUGAUUCUUAUAGGAGGGGAGACCAUGAAACUGUUCUUCCAAAUAGUUUGUGGUCCCACUUGUACUUCAAAUCCUUUAACCACAGUGGAAUGGUACUUGGUUUUCACUUCUCUAUCCAUUGUCCUGUCUCAGCUUCCAAACCUCAAUUCAAUUGCAGGACUCUCACUCAUUGGGGCAGUGACAGCCAUAACUUACUCCACCAUGGUUUGGGUACUCUCUGUAAGCCAACAAAGGCCACCCUCCAUCUCCUAUGAACCCCUAUCUUUGGCACAACCUUCUGCUUCUGUAUUUCUUGCCAUGAAUGCACUUGGAAUUAUAGCCUUUUCUUUCAGAGGCCACAAUUUGGCCCUAGAAAUUCAGUCCACAAUGCCUUCAACUUUUAAGCACCCGGCUCGUGUGCCAAUGUGGAAAGGAGCCAAGGUUGCUUAUUUCUUCAUUGCAAUGUGCCUCUUCCCUAUUGCUAUUGGUGGCUUUUGGGCGUAUGGCAACCAAAUGCCUCCUGGAGGGAUUCUCACUGCUUUGUAUGCAUUUCACAGUCAUGACAUCUCAAGAGGAAUACUAGCCUUAGCUUUCCUUCUUGUUGUGUUCAACUGUUUGAGCAGUUUCCAGAUAUACUCAAUGCCUGCUUUUGACAGUUUUGAAGCUGGUUACACCAGUAGGACAAACCGUCCCUGCUCCAUAUGGGUGAGAUCAGGUUUUAGAGUCUUCUAUGGAUUUGUCUCCUUCUUCAUAGGAGUGGCACUUCCCUUCCUCUCAAGUCUUGCUGGUUUGUUGGGAGGACUCACUCUUCCAGUCACUUUUGCAUACCCUUGCUUCAUGUGGGUUCUCAUUAAGCAGCCACCAAAAUAUAGCUUCAAUUGGUACUUCAAUUGGAUUCUGGGUUGGCUGGGGGUUGCUUUUAGCUUGGCCUUUUCCAUUGGAGGUAUUUGGAGCAUUGUCAAUGAUGGGCUUAAACUUAAAUUCUUCAAGCCCAAUUGAAUUUUUAAUAAUAGGCCAUGCAAAUGCACAUGCACUAUAUGGUAAUGCUACUCUUUAGGCGUUUCCCAAUGGUCUAAUAAUAUAGUUAGUGCAUGUCUUCUUCCGCCCUAAGCUAUCUUUGGUGGAAGAUUUGGUUGUAUUGUGAGAAGUGGUGGUAAAAGGAAAGCCAAUAAUUAAUGAAGAGAAUGAUCCUUGUAUGUCUAAGUGGAGACAGAGUUAGACCUUGCAAGUUACUAAAGUUUAAAGAGUAUCUCUCCAUGCCUUCACCGUUCCUCUUGUUGUGGUUCUCUUUUCACUGGGUGAUAUAGCUUGUUAUGUUUAGAACAUUUAAUGGUUUGCUCUUAUUCAUUUUUGUAGAGACCUCCAGAACAACCCCCCCUCCCCCAACAAAAAUCGUCAAACUCUUUCAAAUUAUUUGUACGUUGUAACCCGUGUGAUUUCAAAAGUUAAUUUCUCAGCGAAUCCUCCUUUCAA